UGGUGGAUUGAAAAUAGAAAACCAAAACAAAGCAAAAAAAUUGAGCCUUGUCAGUGCCUUUUGAUCACAUUUUGUCCAAUUUUCCCGCAGAUUUCUUUGCUCGUAAGUCGUGAUGUCUAACGUCGGCAACGUUAAUGCGUUCGGAAAGAGUUCGCGAGAAGGACGGAGCGAGAAGCAACAGCAAGUCAGAGAUUUGAAAGAUUUGCGGAGUAAGACGGAUGCCCUGCUCCUCGAAUUGCUCCAGAGACAAAGUCAUAUCCUCCUUCAAAAGAGUCUGAUGGGAAAGCUGGGCUGAUGGAGGCGAGAAAAUAAAUGGCCUGGUUAAUCGUAUUGAGGUGGAACUAAAAUGCAGAAAAGAACUGAAGAAUGCCGGUGCCCAGAAUUUAGCAGCCAAUUUUUGGAGAAAGAAUCGAGUGGAACAUCGGCAAUGAGGAGGUGAAACCUGCACUGCCAGAAAAAUCUUCUGACCCUCUUUUAAAUUAUUUGAAGCAACAAAAAACAAAUAUGAAGAUUAUGGACCCAUUUGCGGAGCAAAUUUGUUCGAAAUUCGGUUCUCCAAAAGAAGACAUUUUGGCAACUGAGAGAUUUUUGCCUCGCUGAAGUUCAGAGGCCAGUAGAAGACUUUCGCCACGCUCGGGAAGUAGUGUGGAAAAUCACAGCACGCAGGAAAUUCCUAGAAGAGACUCUUUGCUGCUGCAGGGGAAACAAAUUAAUGCAGAAUCAAAACUCAUCUAAUAAAAUGAUGGACCCAUUUGCGGAGCAACUUUGUUCAAAAUUGGGCUCUCCAAAAGAAGACGCUUUGGCAACUGAGAGAUUUUUGCCUCACCGAAGUUCAGAGACCAGUAGAAGACUUUCGCCACGCUCGGGAAGUAGUGUGGAAAAUCACAGCACGCAGGAAAUUCCUAGAAGAGACUCUUUGCUGCUGCAGAAACAAAUUAAUACAGAAUCGAAACUCCUCAAAGCAAACACGCAGCUUGCAUCGUGGAGGCAAUUGGCUGCUGUUAUUGAUAGUGAUGAAAGUGACGCUGAAGACGAAGAGCAAAGUGACGAAGAAGUAGACCCAGAAACAAAGGCUGAAGAAGAAGACGCUCCAGAGCUACCUGAUUUCGACGAUGCUGCAAUUCCAGAAAGAUGAAUUAAUUCUUCCAGACAGUAUUUUUUUUUAUUACACAACUGAAUCUCGUCUCUUCGUCAUCUUUUCAUUUAUUUAUUGUUUCAUA